UUCUGAUUCCGACUGUUCUUAUAAAACAGUGAAGCUCUGCUCCACAGCCUAUGGCAACUAAUAACCCUUACCUUCUUCCCUCCGAACUCUAGCGCCCUCUCUCUCUCUCUUUCUCUCUCUCUCUCUACCUUAUUCUUCUUCCUGGCUGCCUUCUCUGUUCCUGGGUUCUACUAUUCUUGGUAGGAGCAGAAGCAGAGAUUUCGACGAAGGUAGAGCUCCGCACGGCUUAUGUAUUUAAAAAGGACUACAGGCUACAGCUCGCUGGACAACGUCUCCAUCAGUAAGAUAAUGCUAUCUCAUUAAACAGAACCAAAAGCUCAAGGAUGAUGGAAGAGCAACGCUCAGAUCCGAUCAAGCGCACAGUUCACAUCGACGUGACCUCCCGACCGCUAAAUACAACAAAUCUGCGCUCUCAGACAGUCCGAAUCUUCUGCGAGGAUAUCGAUGCCACCGAUUCCUCCGACGAUGACUGCUGCUUCAGCCGCCGCAGAGUGAAGCGUUAUGUGCGAGAAAUCAAGUUCGAACUUCAGCCGUCCACUGCAACCUGCUCUGCUAAGAUUAAGUCGGGCAAAUCAUGCGCAGGUCAGAGGAAGAAGAAGGUCGCGGCUGCUCUGAAGAAACCUCAACCGAUGCCUGCGAUACCGAGAUUCCGCGGCGUCCGGCGGCGACCAUGGGGGAAAUUUGCAGCGGAGAUUCGAGAUCCCACGCGGCGGAUUCGUGUCUGGCUUGGCACUUUCAACACUGCUGAGGAGGCCGCGAAGGUCUAUGACUCUGCUGCCAUACAGCUUCGCGGCCCCGACGCCACCACUAACUUCUCGCCGCCGCCGCCGGCGACGAACCACUCUAUCUCCGUUGGGUAUGAAUCCAGCGAAGACUCGCACAACACUAGCUCGCCUACCUCUGUUCUGCGAGGUUUCCCUUCCAAUACUGUUGCGGAAGCGGAAGCCGGGUUGCCUGAAUUCGGAGGUGAUCUCAACUUGUUCGACGAAAUGCCUUUUUACAGUGAAAACUUGGACUUGGGAGUGUAUGAGCAGAGGGUUUUCAAUAACUGGUCGGCUGAGUUCGGUCUCUUCGCCGGCGAAUUGCAGAUUUCCGAUGGAGGAUAUGAGAUCGGUUCGUCUUUGCAUCAAGACGGCGAUGAUUUCUUUGAAGAUAUCACGGAUUUGUUCCCGCUUGACCCGCUUCCGGCGGCUGUUACUAGUGGUAUCUUCUAAGGCUCAUUGCAAAGCUCCUUCAAAAUUCACAUGACAGAGCGAACAUUAAUCACAAGCCGCACUUUCAAACGAGUCCUAAGGAGAUUGAUCCAAUUUUGCG